AUGAGGUCGCUCCGUUUCAUUUCUGCUGAAGCCCUGGUGUCCUACCCCCUGCUGGCCCAGGGGAGCCUGGACAGUGUGGCCCAUAACCUCUACCCACUUCUGUUCAAGGCCAGCUACCUGCUGGAGCAGGCAGAAGUGACCCGUGCUGUGCUGGGAUGCUGGCCACUGGAGGAGUUCCGGCUGGCUGCAUUGUUGGGUCCGAGCACUGACCACCCAGAGGACCUGCGUGACCGAGCCUGCAGGACCUGCCUGGAGGCCUGCGUGCGGGGCCUUGCUGACCACGUGCUGCAGGGUGGGAGCCGCUGGCUGCGGGUGGCAGACCUCACUGGCAUUCGAGAUGUGCAGGUGCAGCGGUGCCCCUGCAGGAGGGCACUGGGAAGGUGGGGACGCACCGAGCUGCUGGCCAGGACCUGCUGUGAGCUUCAGGCAGAGCCCUGCAUGGGCAGGCGCUCCACUGAGGUCUUUGCUGACCUUUUUGUCACUGAAGGUAACUUUGAGGUGGUGGUGCAGGCCCUGCAGCCAUCAGGCCCAGCCCCUCUGCAGGUGCGAUGUCUGUCCUUCCGGGCGGACAGCCUAAGCCCUGGGCAGCUCCUGCAUGUGCUGGGCCUGGCCAAGCCAGGUGCACUGCGCAAGCUGGAGGUGGUUCACAAUGUGCGGCUGAAUGCUGGGCACGUGCAGCAGCUGCUGGCCCAGGUGGGCUUCCCUCAGCUGGUCUCACUCACCCUGCCCACCAGGGCCUUCGACAUACCCCCCACCUCCACGCCGCUUCCCGAGGGUGAGGACUCUCUCCUUUCCUCCAUCGCCUGGGAGCUCAGCCAGAUGAGCCAGCUCACAGAGCUAAGUGUGGCCUUCUCCACGCUGACCGGGAAGAUCCAGACGCUGCUCAGCCCCCUCAGAACCCCACUGCGAGCACUGGACCUGGCUAACUGUGCCCUGAACCACGCCGACAUGGCUUUCUUGGCAGACUGUGCACACGCUGCCCACCUGGAAGUGCUGGACCUCAGUGGACACAACCUGGUGCACCUGUACCCCUCAACCUUCUUCAGACUGCUCCGCCGGGCCUCCCAGACACUGAGGGCGCUGACCCUGGAGGAAUGCAGCAUCGCAGACAGCCACGUGGGCAUGCUGAUCCUGGGCCUGAGCCCCUGCCGCCAGCUACAGGAGUUCCGGUUCCUAGGGAACCCGCUAUCGGCUCGCGCCCUCCAGCGCCUCUUCACCGCCCUCUGCGAGCUGCCUGAGCUGCGGCGGAUUGAGUUCCCAGUGCCCAAGGACUGCUACCCCGAAGGCACUGCCUACCCCCAGGACGAGCUGGCCGUGUCCAAAUUCGACCAGCAGAAGUACAAUGCGAUUGCUGAGGAGCUGCAUGCGGUGCUGCUGCGGGCCAACCGCGAGGACAUCGAGGCCUCCACGCCUGUCUUCGGAAGUUUCGACCCAGACAUCCAGGAAACAAGCAAUGAGCUCGGCACCUUCUUGCUGCAAGCUUUCAAAACUGCUUUAGAAAACUUUUCCAGAGCACUGAAACAAGUGGAGUAG